AGAAAAAAAUGGCAAAGAAAGAGAUGGGAGUUGUGAAGGGACUCUUCCUUUUUGUGCCGCUGCUCUCUUCGGUGUUCACGUGUGUGCUAUGCGCACGGGAAUUGAACUUUGGACUCGACCCCUUUUACCAGCUGGACAGCGUGCCUUCGGUCGUGAAGGAUUUUGAUCUGAAGAGAUACUCGGGACGCUGGUACGAGAUUGCCGCCUUCCCGUCAUUCUUUGAGGCCAAGAAUGCCGUGGACACGAGGGCCACAUACACUCUGAAGGAGGAUGGGACCUUGGAUGUGUUGAAUGAGGGCUGGGUCAAUGGCAAGAGGGAGUACAUUAAGGGCACUGCCUACAAGGCUGACCCGAGCAGCAACGAGGCCAAGCUCAAAGUGAAAUUCUCUGUGCCUCCGUCCUUCCCCAUCUUCCCCGUGACUGGGGACUACUGGGUCUUGUACAUUGAUGCUGAUUAUCAGUAUGCUGUCAUUGGUCAGCCCAGCAGAAAGUAUCUCUGGAUUAUAAGCAGAAAGAGUCAUAUAGAUGAUAAAAUCUAUAAUCAGCUAGUUCAGAAGGCUGUUGAUGAAGGGUAUGAUGUGAGCAAGCUCCACAAGACUCCACAGAGUGACGCACCUCCGCCGCUAUAAGAAGGAUCCAAGGAGGACGGCAAAGGCGUUUGGUGGAUCAAGUCCGUCCUAGGGAAAUUUGGGAACUUAAUUUUACAGCGGCUUGAUGAAGAUGAUGUUGAAAUUAUCUGCUGUCAAUAAAUAAUAAAGAGAAGAAA